GUGCAGGCGGCAGCAUCGUGGUCGAACCAUUUGCAAAGGCUAUAUGGCAGGGAGCAGAGUAAAUGAUGCCACUUCUGAUGCUUUGACUUCAAAGCUUGAAUCGAAGAUAUACUACCACAGAGAUGCUGUUGUUGAGUAUGUGGAAAUCAAGUCUAUGGUUGACAGAGUUAUAGAAGAAAAAAGGAAGCUCCUGGAUGAGAACACAGAAUUCCUGAGUACUAUUGACAAGGUUGUAGAAGAAAAAGAGAUUCUCCAGAAGGACCAUGAAGUGAUCAAGGAGCUGGUAGAACCGAUGGAGGAGGAGCUGGAAAUGGUGAAGGAUGAGCUUGAAGAAGAAAAGCAUGAACAUGUGGCAGCAAAGAAGGAGCUUGCCACGGCAAAAGAGCAACUUGCUCAGCAGAGCAAAGAGAUGAAGGCUCUGAGGAAGAAGCUUCAGGAGAGUGAAGCCAUGCACGCCCAGCUUGAGUCUUCUAGGCCCGGAAUGGUACAAACUAACAACUGA